GGUAUAGCCUUUCCCACAGAAUAAGAAAGUGGGUUGGGUUUGUAGGCUUCUGUUGUGUAUGCUAGUUUCAGUUAGCUAGCUAGAUAGUUAGCAAAGAAGCUAGCCAAGGCGGCUUAACUUUAUUAUUUUAGAAUGUUUCAGCUUUACUUUGCACGUGGAUUACGUACUGGUAUUUCGCAAACGUUUAGAAUCCAAUUUGCUGCCCUCCGAUAUGGGAGGCCUGCUUCUCACGCGUGCAGAAGGCUGCCAUUGAAGACCCGAGAACAAUUGUAUCACACUGUCAAAAGGUCGUUUCUCAAUGAUGCGUCUAACAAGGUACAGUUAGCAUCUAUACAGCGGAUGGUCCGCAACUUGUCUACAUCCUCCACCUGCCACUCUGAAGAGGGGAAGCUGAUCUAUUCAGGGAGCCUCGGCAACGCUGUUCGAGGUGUGAAGAUGUUCUCCUACACCAGUAGCGGGGCCAGCCUAUGCGUGAUGCCAUACAUCCUUCUGCAGACGGGCAUCGGUGUUCAGAGUCUGGUGCUGAAAGGUGCCUUCUGCGGUGUCAUCGGUUUCUUUACAUUCCUGACUCCCAUCCUCCUCCACAUCAUCACCAAAGGCUAUGUGGUCCGCCUGUACCACAACCAGGACACUGACACUUACACAGCUGUCACUUACAAUGUCCUCCUGAUGGAGAAAAAGACUGUGUUCCGUCAGAGUGAGGUCAAGAUACCGAGUGUCAGCAAAAUGUUAACCACAUUCUAUGCCGACAAGAAGUCGAUGCUUGUGAACCCGAUGCUGUUCCCACUUCCUCAUGACUAUAAUCACCUCAUGGGUUACGAUAAGCCCUUUUCAUUUGAUACGGAAGACUUGGAUGAUAAUCCAAAUAAAAGUUAAUCGAUUUCUACAGAUAA